UUCAAAUCUUUCGUCCACGUCAUCGUUGGACUCAGGAAAUCCUAUCUGGCUGAGAAGUGCUAGCAGGCUACUUCGCUCACAGAUACGCUUCAAAAUGCGCAAAUAACCACGGUUUUUAUCAGUGAAAUUGUUGCCGAAAUAUAACAACAUCGUCUGCCUCCUUUUUCGGCAAAAAUCCCUUUGUGUUACUGAAAAAUGGAGGCAGACAACGGCGCUGACAUCAGAGCAGCGGGAGCGGCAGCCGAAGAUGCGAGUCUGGAGAACCAGGAUAUGAGUUUCCUCCUGACAUCUGUUUCCACUUUUCUGUCUGAUUAUGGGUGGUACCUCCUGGUCCUGUGUGGGGGAGUUUAUCUCCUUAUUCAACAUCUCAGUAAGAACAGACCCAGUCAGGAUCGUGGCUCAGCUGCAGCAACCAGCCAAGAUCCUGCGUCCGUGGUGAGACGUCAGGAGGCUUUGGAGGCAGCACGGCGGAGAAUGCAAGAAGAGCUCAAUGCCAAAGCUGCAGAGUUCAAAGAGAAACAACAGAGAAUGGAGGAGGAGAAAAGACAGCAGAAAAUUGAGAAGUGGGAGAGCAUGAAAGAAGGGAAGAGUUACAAAGGGAAUGCAAAUCUUACACAAAACAGCGAUGAGGCUGCAACUUCCUCAACAGUGCUGAAGCCAAAAACAGACAAAAAACCCCUUCGAACCAGUGGCUAUAAUCCAUUGAGCGGCGAAGGCGGAGGAACCUGUGCAUGGAGGCCAGGCAGAAGAGGGCCCUCAGCUGGUGGAUGAGGUUAAAGGAGGUCAGAGGGACACGGUUCUAGUCACCUCUGACCUUUUGACCUCCGGCAAAGGAGCACAUGAUUAGCAACUAAAUGAAGCUGUCAGCACUCACCAUGGUUCAGUAGGCUCAAUUAAGAAUAAUGCUCCUGUUUUACCCUCAGAAUCAGUCAAUUUUUACUUCAGUGGCCUUACUGAAAACCGUUUUUGUUGAUUUUAAAUGUUUUAGGAUUUUCUCUUUUGGCUUUUUGGCUUUUAUUUGCUAAAGCAGAGAGAAUUCUCCAAGCAGGAUAAUCAUUCUCACUAAUGGAAUUGUGCUACAGAACGAUUAUAGAUCAUAUUUGAAUAUUUAAUGUUUUUUUCCAACUUAAAGGGGCACUGUGGUUGAAACGAAGUUUUUUUGUCUCUAAACAUGCUUACUCACAUCCUACAGAGGUGCUGCAGUACUCUCUAGAGUGAGAUUUUCAUGUGUAAAUACUAGGAAAACUGCCUUCUAAUGACGUAUCUUGAAGGUGGGAGGAACUUUUUCUAAACUACAAGCACUUUUGUUGCAAAUAUUUGAAGAUAUUAAAUUCUACUUUCUAAAUUCUAAAUGCCAUAAUGGCCCUUUUACUGCAAUCCUGCUUUGUGAAUAUCUCAGCAUUUGCUGAUUUUAUAGGAUCAAAAACUAAGAGCCAUGUGAGAUUGACAGCUUCUAAUGAUGCCUCCUCAUCAAAGGGACUCAGGCCAGUGGGGUUGGCUGAUGAUUUUCAGUUGCGUCUGUGUGGUCCUGUGUCCUGUGUGGACAUUAAAAAAACGCUGUGCUACAUGCACUCCAAGUCUGUGUAGAUCUUUCAGAUGGCUACUGCUGUAGGGUUCAAAGUACUUUCCAUUAAGGGUAGCUGUCUCAACUUAUUAAACAGAACAGUUACUUCUGAGGAUUUGUGUCCUCUUAAACAAUGUGGUUUUUGUUUUUUUGUUUUUUUGUUUUUUUGUAGAGAAAUAUUAUUUGGGUAACAUCAAGUGUCUUUAAUUGAUUGCAUUUUAUUGUAUUUGCUAUGCAUAUUUCACAAUUAAAAGGCUUUACUUAGCAUGCA